AUGAGCGUGAAACUACCUGCAACUGCCUUGGACACAGCGAGUCAAGACCCGGAGGUCGACGCGCUCUCUACUUCAUCCUCGGAGGACGACGAGGACGAAAACUUCAGCGAUUGGGUGGACGAGGAGGCGGACAGGGUUCCUUGUCAAUCCCUGUUCGACGACACGAAAUUCCCAUCCUCGAAAGAAGCUCUGGCGUAUGACUCCAAGACGCACGGAUUUGAUCUAGACGCGACGUGCAAGACGCUGUCGCUGGAUACUUAUCAAAGGAUCCGACUGAUAAACUACAUCAGAAAAGAAAAACCUGCUCCUUCCAGUCUCAAGCUCGACGGCUCCGAAUCGUUCUUAGCUUCGGACGACUACAUCAAACCAGUUCUCGAAGACGAUCCGUUGCUGCGUAAGUGGAGUGAUCAGCAUCGUUCAUAUGCUCCCUCGAGGAAGAUACGGGCCUUGGAGCGCAAACUUGUCCAAGCUAAGCAGGACCUUGCCGACUACCGGGCCUUCGUGGGUGAACGACUCGAAGUCGGUCGUAUCAUCGAGGCCGUAUCAGAGCCCUCCGAUGUCGGACCUGCACCACGCGACGACGACUCUCACUACUUUGAGAGCUAUGGCGAGAACGAUAUACACGCUGUCAUGAUCCAGGACCGCGUCCGCACAUCGACCUACGCGUCCUUCAUCAUGAAGACACCGUCUGUCUUCCAGGACGCUGUUGUGCUGGACGUUGGAUGUGGGACGGGCAUCUUGUCGCUCUUCGCUGCCCGCUCCGGCGCGAAGCACGUGUACGCCGUCGACGCAAGCCCCGUUGCUGAGAAAGCCAAAAAGAUCGUUGAAGCCAACGAUCUCUCAGACGUCAUCACGGUGAUCCGGGGCAAAAUCGAGGAUAUUACCCUCCCCGUCGAGCACGUGGACGUCAUCAUUUCCGAAUGGAUGGGCUACGCGCUCCUCUACGAGAGCAUGCUCGACUCUGUCUUGGUUGCUCGCGAUCGUUUCCUUAAGCCAAAACCAGCAGAUCCCACACCGGAAGCCGGGGACGAGGUAGAAAGCCGUGGCGGCAUUCUGGCGCCGAGCCAGUGCAAGAUGAUGCUGAGCCUGUGCACAGCCUCGGAUGUCUACAAGGAGCGCAUCGGGUUCUGGAACGAUGUCUAUGGCUUCGACCUGAGCGCCAUGGCGAGAGAAGUGUGCGACGAGGCCAUCGUCGACGUCGUCCCGGAAGAGAGCCUCGUGAGCGAGCCCUACACCAUCAAGGACAUCUACCUCGGCAACGCCACCCCGCGCUCGCUCGACUUCACGUCCUCCUUCAAGCUCACCUCCACCGCCGAGCGGCGCACGAAAGCGCACGCCUUCCUGCUCUACUUCGACACCUUCUUCGCCGCCGACGGCGCGCCCGUGCCCGAGUCGACCGCGGUCCAGCUCGUCAAGGACGGCGACGUGCGCCUCGCGGAGGUCUGGCCCGUCGGCGCCGCGCAUCGCCGCGAGAGCCUGCACCGCGCGCAGAGUCUCCACCGGGACCGGUCGCAGUCGCGCGAGGCGCGCCCGGGCGGGAUGAGCCGCAAGCCGAGUUUGAAGGCGGCGAAAGGCGCGGAGGAGGAGACGGAGACGGGGGCGCGGGCGCGGCUGCCGCCGAGGAGGAGCGCGAGCUUUGGCGAGGCGCUGAAGGCGCACGAGACGGUGACGAGCUUUAGCACCGGGCCACGCAGCGUCCCGACGCACUGGAAGCAGACGGUCUUUAUGCUCCGGGAGCCGAUCGUCGUUGAAGAAGGUACCGAGGUCCAUGGCAAGUUUUACUGCCGGAAGGCCCCGAACAACUCGCGGGAGCUGGAGGUCGAGAUUCACUACGCCGUGACUGCCCCCGGAGCGCCGCCCGCGACGGAGAUGGUGGCGCAGAUGUUCAAAGUGCGGUGA